GUCAGAGUCAGGGAGGCGGGAGGGGGGGCACACAGUGUGUCUCUGCUGUGACUGUGUAUCACUUCAGAUGCUCAGACAGAAUUAAAAAUGCGCUCCUCCGCCUUGUCGCCGGUGUUGUGCGCAUUUUCUUGACAAGCCCGUGUUCCCACAGCAUGGUGCUCGGACUCGGAGGCUCGGCACCCUCUUCGUACAUAACCAUCAAACUCUCGCGGACGCUUAAUUAAGACAGCAGACUGCGCACAGCGCCCGCAGCACCUGUUCCCACCUUCAGAUAGAAGAUGCAGGAGGUGGGCAGUUCCCAGCGAGGCUCUCAGCGGGCCUUCAGCGUCCUGGAUCGUUUGCUGCUCACACAUCCUGUGUGGCUGCAGCUGUCACUCAACCAAGAAGCUGCCCUCUACAUCCUGCUCAGAGAACCUGUCGGGACAUUUCUAGUGCGCAAAUGCAGCUCUACCCAGAGGAAGGUGCUGUGUUUGAGGGUGACAGCGGACAGAAGUGCCUCCUCUGUUAAGGAGUGCUUCAUCUGUGAGGAGGACUCCACGUUCGCCUUGGAGAGCUCAGCACUCAGCUUCCCUGACUUGUGUCGACUGGUGGCCUUCUACUGUAUCAGCAGGGAUGUGUUGCCUUUGCCUCUGCAGCUACCUGAUGCCAUCGUUAGAGCGUCAACACACAGGCAGCUGGAGGCCAUCUCACACAUGGGACAAGACUUCUGGAGUUCACCGAGUGCUUCAGACAUCCAAAAUGGACCGAUGGAGCCAGUUGCAUCCACCAGUCAGGCCCAGACUGGGGUCCAGGACCGAUGUCCCCUGCUGUCAAGGGGCACACAAGGCAAACUGUGCUUCAUUAACCCGCUCUUUCUGCAGCUGGAGGUUUGCAAGCAGCAACAGCUCACAAACCACAGUGCCUCCAACAAACGGCACCGCUUCAAGCGCAGCAUGCGGCUCCGGCUCUCUGAGUCCUCCAUGAAUCUGUCCCUCGAGGGGGUUGGUUCCUACUCACCUCCCCUUUCGGUUGAGCAACCUGGUGGGUCAGAAAGGCUGAACAAGACCAACGACAACCCACAGAGGAGAGUUCACGCCGGUGCAGGCGUCCUGAGGAGAACUCCUGCUGUUUCACCUGGAUCUGCUGAGGAGGAUGACCUGAUGUCUGUCUAUGUGCCACAAACAUCUCCCAAGGUGGAGGAGCCUCCGAAGCCAAAGCCGUCUGGCUCAGCUGAGGAGCCAGGCAUCGAGGUGGCACUUCUGGCCAUGGAGCGCCGCCCGGCUCCAUCUUUGGCUGAGCUCGACAGCAGCAGUUCCUUCAGCAGUAUGGAUGAGGACCAUGACUCAGACACGGAACCUGAAAGCAUGUCCCAAACCCAAAUGCACGCCUACCAUCGCCCGCCACUCUUGCGCUCUCGAGGUCGCGGCGGGCUGCACCGCAUGAGCGAGGCAUUUGUGUGCUUCUUUGCACCAGACAAGCGGCUCACCCGGCUGGUGGAAGAGCUGUCCAGAGACAGGCGCUCAAUCUUCGGGGGUAUCAUUCAGGACUUCCUCCUAGAGCAGAGAGAGGUGCUCAAAUCCCUGACGUCUUCGCCUUCGGCAUCGUCCUCAUCACGCGUGACCUCCGUGCAGCUUCUGCAGGGUCUGCGCCUCUUUCUGUCCCAGGCAAAGUGUUGCCUGCUGGACAGCGGAGAGCUGGAGCCUCCCAUUGAAACCCUGGUGCCAGAGAACGAGAAGGACCUGGCGUUGGAGCGCUCCAUGUUCUCCUGUGUGCUCAGGCCUCUGAGGUCCCACCUCGAGAAAGCCCUGGUCGCUUUGCACAAUCAGGACGGCUCCACCCAGCGUCUCACCCAGAACCUGCUCCGGCUGAAAGGGGACGCCACCAUGGAAAGGCUCGGUGUUCGGACGGGCGUUCCAGACAGCCGAGAGGUGGAGAGGGUGAAGCAGAAACUGGUCCUGAUGCAGCGGACGCACUCGCCCAUCGACAAGGUGCUGCUGCUGCUCCAAGUGUGCAAGUGUGUGCACAAGGCCAUGGGGUCCUUACACGGACAGGAAGUUAGCUGGGACGACUUCCUGCCGUCGUUGUCUUAUGUGAUCGUGGAGUGUAACAAGCCUCACAUCCUCAUAGAGGUGGAGUACAUGAUGGAGCUGCUGGAGCCCUCAUGGCUCGGAGGAGAGGGUGGCUACUACCUGACCAGCGUGUACGCCAGCCUGCGUCUGAUCCAGAGCCUGGACAAGGAGCAGCCGUUCUCGGGCUGCCUGACGCCAGAGGUCCAAGAAGCGCUGAAAGAGUGGAGCUGCAGACGGAGCCGAGAGGCCCAGAGACAGAAAGAGAAUCAGCAGAGCCAAAGGUGCGUUCGGAUACUGUUCCAGGACGGGGAGCGGAGCGCCGUGCGGACGUUGCAGUGGAGAGCCGGGGAGACGAGCCAGGCCCUGGCGCAGCUGUGUGCCGCCACCUUCGGAGUGUCCGACCCGCAGCAAUACACCCUGUACUGGCGCAGCGGCGGCGAGAUGAGGGCCCUGCCGCCCCAGGCCCAGCCCCAGGACCUCGCCAGCCACAGCGAGGGAGGCCCCUCGCUCUCCUACCUGAGGACCGACCACGACUUCAGCAAGAUGCGGCGGCUCACCAGGGGUGGCGCCGUGGACCUGAGCGAGUCGGUGUGUGAGGAGUGAGUGGGAGGCAUAGAGGAGGAAGGAGGAGGAAGGAAGGAAGGAAGG